AUGAAUGAUCCUUUACAAACACAAUCCAACAAUAACUCCAACUUUAAUAAUGCUGAACCACUCGGCCCAGAUUUAGACCAUUUAGAAGAAAUCCAGAAUCCAUGGUUAAGGGCUUCAUAUAAAUCCGCAUUGGAAUUUUUUCAAAGGGAUAAUGUUUUAGACACCGCUGAUCGUGAAACUUUAUUUAAUAACUAUGCCGCGUUGACAAGAAGUGAGUUAGCAGGUGGUUGGGGUGCAUUUGCAGCGGUGUUCGGCACUCCAUUUGCCUACCAAUAUUACAAAACUAAAGGCAUUAGAGGCGUCCAAGUGCCCCGUAAUUUUAUAUUUGGUUUAGGUGCAUUGAUGUUGGGCACAUGGAUUUCAGGUAAAAUGGUUUAUGCUAAACAGUUGGAUAUUUUACAGAAGCAAUUUUAUGAACCAGAUAAUACAAAUAGAGCUUAUAGGCAAUACAAUAUGAUGACUCUAUUACCACCAGGUGAGGCUGCUAGAUGGGCUGGGUAUUUUCAGACUACUGCUAUUAAUCCUGCUAGAAAAGUUGUUGACCCAAGAUUGAAAUUCCAAAAUGUAGAAAAUAAAAUCGAAGGCAAAGUUCCACCAUCAGGGUUUUUAAGCCAAAGAGACCCAAUGAACCUGUAUUCAAGACCAGGCUAUGAGAAAAACAAGGGCAGCAAUAUGCCGACAAAGGCUACUGAUACUAUGGCAACUGAUAAUAACACCCAUUCUUUUGAAAAUAGUAAUCCAAAUGAUGUUUUCCAAAUAAAUUUUGAAGACGAUGGUGAAAAUAUCAAUAAAAAUAAUAAUAUCCCGGAGGUUUCUGCUUGGGAAAAAAUUCGUCGACAAAAUAACGUGGAUGGAUUGCCUCCUUCCUCAUCUAAAGAAUAA